AUCAGCUGCUUACUCGCUUGUUUCCUUUUGAUUAUAUUAAAAGAGGCAUUAGGAAUAUAUGCGCUGCUAUUUUAUAUACCCCAAAAGGCUCUUUUCUCCACCACUUUCCUCUUCCUGAUUAUGUACAUAAACAUGUAUUCACAUCACAUGGGAUAUGUACAGUUUAAGUUUCUUAUGUCAUCAUAUCGAACCCCUGUUUUUAGGAUAUAUGUUGAGUUUUUAUUUGAAGAAUGAAACUCACUUAAUCUAAAAAUAUAAAUUGUGAUAUUUGAUACAUAAAAUGCAUUCACAAGGCACUUUUAUUUUACUAUAAUUUUUUAUAGAUAUUUUAUACCACAAGAGAAUCCCAGUAUGAUAUCCAAUAUGGUUGCACAGUUACCUGCUUUUGGGUAGAGAUGUAUUACAUUCACAGGAUAUCUAUAUAUACUCUCCUCUUGUGCUUCCUCAACUUCCAUCAAAACUUUCAUUUCUCAUUUGGGUCUUUCCUUUCAGUUUUAUUUCUUUCUGGUGGGUGUGAUUUCAAAAAGCUAAAAAUUAUGGUUGAUCCUCAAACACCAAUCUCACCUCACCUAUAUCCACAAGCAGUUCAACUCAAACUCUAUCAAGCCUUCAUCUUCUCCAUUCCCAUCUUAUUCUCUAUCAUUCUCUUCCUCCUGUUCUAUCUUUUUUACCUUAAGAGAAGAGCUUCUGCUCUCUCCUCUCCUCCUCCGAUGAUUCUUCCUGUUUCCUCGACCCACCAGCCUUCUUCUCAUCUCACCUCGGUUUGUUUGUUAGAUGUGAAAGUAGAGCUCAAAGACAAGCUUCAUGUCGUUUUUUUCAAUGAAGAGCUAGAAACAAGAGAUUCUCUAUGUUGCGUAUGUUUGGGAGAAUUCGAGUUAAAGGAAGAGUUGGUGGAAAUGCCUUCAUGCAAACAUAUAUUUCAUCUCGAUUGUAUUCACCUUUGGCUCUAUUCUCAUACCACUUGCCCUCUCUGUCGCUCCUCUGUCUUCAUCCCUUCGACCAAAACCUCGGUGGACGACAACGACCAUCCAGACUCUUCUCAAACGUCACCGGUUUGACUCAUUGACCCGAAAGAAAUAAACAAAUACAAAUUUUGUUAGCGAGUAGAUCAUCAAUACAAAAGUUGUAAAUCUUCAAAUUUUAUUAGAUAUGAUGCAAGAGACCACAAUGUAUCACAUCACCAUUACAAAGUGGAUAUAUAUUCUGUGUCUUCUGCCUGA